AGCUGACUAGCUAGUUCCCGCCUGGCUCUUGUUUUAGAAGCUGAGGUGCUGUAGCAGGGGAGACGGGGAGUGUGAAACAGAAACCACACAGAAAUAAGACACAGAGUAGAGGUAGAGAGGAAACAUGGACACUUUGGCCUUAGAGGCCACACAGCCCAAAAAGGCUCCAAACGGGGCAGUGGCCGCCGGACCUGUGCUUCCUGUACCAGCCAAGCGCAAACCUGCCAAGAAGGCUAAGAAAGCUGUGGUCUUUUUUGAGGUGGAGAUCCUGGAUGCCAAGACCAAGGACAAGCUCUGCUUCCUGGACAAGGUGGAGCCAAAUGCAACCAUCGGAGAGAUCAAGUCUAUGUUUCACAAAAGCCACCCUCAGUGGUAUCCUGCACGACAGUCCAUUCGUCUCGACCCCAAGGGGAAGUCUCUGAAGGAUGAAGAUGUGCUGCAACACCUGCCUGUGGGAACAACAGCAACUUUCUACUUCAGAGACCUGGGAGCUCAGAUCAGCUGGGUCACGGUGUUCCUGACAGAGUAUGCAGGACCUCUGUUAAUCUACCUGCUGUUUUAUUUCCGUGUGCCGUUCAUUUAUGCGCCGAAAUAUGACUUCACUGCCAGCAAGCACUGGGUCGUACACUUGGCAUGUAUGUGUCACUCCUUCCACUAUGUGAAGAGACUUCUUGAGACGCUGUUUGUGCACCGCUUCUCCCAUGGGACGAUGCCACUCCGUAACAUCUUCAAGAAUUGCACAUAUUACUGGGGAUUUGCUGCAUGGAUGGCUUAUUACAUCAACCACCCUCUCUACACACCACCCACGUACGGAGAGCAGCAGGUGAGAGCAGCUCUGAUCAUUUUCCUGUUCUGCCAGAUUGGGAACUUCUCAAUCCAUAUCACUCUGAGAAAUCUACGACCACCGGGCUCCAAGACAAGAAAGAUCCCGUACCCGACUAAAAACCCCUUCACCUGGAUAUUUUUGUUGGUGUCCUGCCCAAACUACACGUAUGAGCUUGGCUCAUGGCUGGGCUUUACUCUGAUGACACAGUGUCUUCCUGUGGCCUUCUUCACGCUGGUGGGCUUCAUCCAGAUGACCGUGUGGGCCAAAGGGAAACACCGCAGCUACCUGAAGGAGUUCCGCGACUACCCGCCCCUGCGCUCGCCCAUCCUGCCCUUUAUUCUGUAGCCUGGCACGUCCUCCCUGCACCACGCGCUUCCUCUUACUCAGUCCAUACUCCUCCAGGGCCAGUUCCUGAUUUUCCAACCCUCCUUACCUAGGCGCGACAAUAAAAGUGUUCGGUGAUGAGAAAAAACAGAUAGGGUUUGGAUUCAAGGAUCAGGACUGAGUAUAAGGGACUGCGCUCACUGAAAUCGCCUGCUUACUUAUUUUCUUUCAGAACAGCACAGUUCUGCCAAUCUGGACAUAAUCACACCUGCAGCCUCCUGCUUUCUAAAUAGUGAAGAUGUACUAGCUGUAAAAAAAAAAAAAAAAAAAAGACGCUGUCUAUUGCUCUAUUUGUUGUCCCUAGAUCUGAAUAAAUUAGUAGACUGGAGUGUAGAAGGGGUCUAGGCUAAAAGCUGCAGGUGAGAUUCUGGACAGGGCCAACCUACUGAUCAUGUAUUCUUAUGGCUUUUGAGAACUCUGAAUCUAAUGACUACUAGAAAUCUUACCACAAAUGCAGUCAUUAUUUUAGACUCAUUGAGAGCAGUUGUUUUAAUUGAAUUAAAAAAAAAAAUCAGACAGUACUUGGGAGUUUCUUUAAACUUCCCCAACCACCACUGGGGUAAACACUGAUUUUCUGUUUUCUAAAACAAGCUAAUAAUGCAGUGGGGUAUUUACCUGAAAAGAAGAGAGUACUAGGCUAAUAUAUACUGAUUAAGUGUUCAGAAUAUGAGCUUUAUGGCACAGCACAAAGUGGGAGUGGUGGAGAUCCUGUUUUCUAAAAAAGGGGAAAAAAACAAUCAAAGCAUUCUCUGAUACUUUUGUGCCGAUGCUGUUUACCAAAACUAAUGUUUACAUUCUAAAUACACACUAAAGGAUUCCA